AUCGAACGAUUCCCAAAAAAGGUCAACACCAUCCAACCCGCUGAAGUCACCAUAAAGACCGUUGUAUUCGAUAUCCCGACCCCCAAGAAUUUUCCCGAAGGAACGGUGAUCGCGCCGGAAGCCUUUUGAUGGAGCUACUGGGCUGUUCCAUCCUAUCAGAACUGCGAUAUGGAAAAGCGGUAUCUGAUGCAUCCAAAGUCCUUUGCUGAUUACCUAUUUCGCACUCUGGAUCAGUUUGUCCUUGAUUUGGGUGUCGAUAAGCCCAUGGCUUUCUGUACCCCACCACAUCUGGAUACAUACGUCGCUUCAUUUGGCGCAACUCUUUUUGAAAGUGUUGGAACUAUCAGAAUCACGGUAGACGGCGAGAUGUAUAAGGAACUAGAUUUGGCUGCAAGGCCGGCUGCUAUUCCACCGGACGGACCGCCAGCGCUUUUCAGGACCGGGAGGGCGCCUGGCUUCAAGGAAUGGCGCGAGAGGACAUACCAGCGAAGAGAGGGCGCUGGGCUGAAGGUGGUGAGGCAUGACGCCGCACAGGAGGGCUAAUCAUGUGCAACAUCACCGACUUCAGAAUCUAACGCCAAGCUCCCGAUAUGAUACCGAUCUUUUCCGGCAACCACGAAAGUGUACAGUACUAACAGCAAGCCCAAAAUCGAGCACAAAUCGCAGACGAGCUCCCAUAUUAUGCAAACGUAUACCCCUGUAAUGAACUCGGAUACCGUGGCCCCCAAUCUAGUGUGACUGAAACAAUCCAACUUAGAAUCUCUGAUAGUUAACAGCACGCCAAAACGCAAGUUCCAAAGCGCACGGGAUCGCACUGCUCAAACUAUUUU